AUCAUAGGUAGUUCAAAAAAUCUAAAAGAAAGUACAGUUUCAAGUAUAGAUAAAAAAUAGGCAGAAGAAAGGUAAAACUAGACAUAUUUAUGACUAUUUGCAGUUGCCGUUGAAACAGGUAGAAAUAUGUGAACCCUACAAAAGGACCCUCAGUCCGUUGCCAGAAGUGAAAGUGGUUGCACACAAUUAAACAAUCCUUGUAAUCCUGAAUGUGAUAAAAAAUGUCUCCAAAAAUUAUUUGUGAUUUGUGCUUAAACGAAUUUACUGUCCUCAAAUUUACAAAGCAUUAUGGAAAUUGUAAAAUGCUUGAAAAUGCUUCUGAAAUAAUGAGGCUAGCUAGUAAACCUUUUAAAAAAAGGCCACUGCAAUCGCAAAACCAACAAAAUUUGAAUAUUGUUCCCGAAUUAAAAAAGAGUCGUUUUCUAACAACGGAUAAUAAUUCAACCAUACUUUGCUCCGUUUGUAAGGAAACCUAUAAUCCAGCUUUAAAAAUGCGACACUUGAUGAGUAAGAAUCAUAAGAGCGCUGCUAUAAAAGGUCUACCAGAAAAUAAUAUUCAGUCCGAAUUUCCAAUAAUGGUUUUUUCUGUGGAACCAAAAAUAAAUGAAUGUGACCUACAGAAAGUUUAUCUCAACUGCAAAGAAGAAAUUCUUAAAGUCUUUUUAUAUGGGCUUGGCGAAUACAGAACUUUAAAAUUUAGUUUGAAGAUGUAUGGAUCAUAUCACAGACCAACUGAAGUACACACAAAACUGGAAACAAAGAAUUUCGAAACACCUUACAUGGCUAUUUAUGAACUCGAAUCUUUGGAAGAAAUUUUGAAUGAUGCGAUUGAAUAUUUAAAUAAUUUAAGUCGUUUCUUUCUUGACGAAAUUUCGGGUUGGUCAAUUAAAUAUUUUGAAAAGUUUGAAAUCACAUUAAUUAAAUUAGAACAUUUGCCAGCAGGGAGUUACGUUCCGACCCCUGAGAACAUUAGUAAAAGAACUGCAUUGGUACAUGUACAAAAUAAGGACAACUUUUGUUUCAAAUGGAGCAUUUUAGCGGCUAUCUCUUUAAAAAAUGGAAGAAACUUAAAUCAAAGUACAUUGGAAAACCCGUUACAUUACUUAGAUGUGGAUAUAUCAAAGGAUUUAAUUAUAUAUAAAGGAACUACAGUCGAUUUUUCUGGAAUAGAAUUUCCUAUAACCAGGAAUGGAAUCAAGCAAUUCGAACUCAAUAAUCGGGAUUUUAGUAUUAAUGUUUUUGAACUGGACGAUAAUGAAAAGAAUGUGGUUGGACCAACCAUCAGAACCGAUGAAAUCAAACCGAAUCACAUAAACUUACUGGCAUUGUACAAUGAAAAGAGCCAAAAUACUCAUUAUACUUAUAUUAAAAGCAUUAAAGAAUUAUUGUAUUUGCAAUAUAACAAAUACAACCCCAGGGGUCAUUUUUGCCUAAAUUGUUUGGAGUUCUAUUCAAAUAAACAUUGCCAUAAAAUCUGUGAAAAAAUCGAGUCUACCUAUCCAAAACCAAAUACUAAUGUUUCUUUCGAGACACCUUUCAAAAAACUUGCAUCGCCAGUGGUAAUUUAUGCGAACAUAGAUAUUUUAACGCACAAUUCUAAAGAGCCCGAAUCAUGGGCAGCAUCCUUUUAUGUUGUUUAUUCACAUAAUCCUUCUAAAAACAAGCUUUGGACAUUCCGUGGUUCAGAUGCCAUAUCACAAUUCCUCAAAGCCCUCGGAAAACUAGCAUAUUCUCUUUAUGAAGAGUAUUGGAUGAAAACCGGAAAAUAUAUUGAUAUUGAACGUGCGAUUAUCCCAGUUGUUUUCAAAGAGUUGUCUAAGAAUAUUAUAUUAUUACUAAAUAAUGCAUUACCGGACCGUAGGGAUAAUAUAAAACCAAUACCAUGCUAUAAGGGUUCCUAUUCAGUGUUAGAGAGUUUUCGAAUAUAUAAAGCAAAAAUUUUUUAUUAUGUUCAUUUUAUAGACGCCGGCCACUUUUUAGAAUUUGAUUUUGAUAAAGUUGCAAGUGUCAUGGGCAUGAACGAUUUCAAAAAUCUUUAUAACCACUUUCCCGUAGGAGGCCAGUGGGAGCAUAUAGAUAAAAAAAUAAUAUUUCCUAAAACAUAUAUGAGCAGCUUUUCGAAAUCGUUCGAUUUUGAGUUGCCUCCAUUAGUUACUUUUUUGGAGGAAGGUUACAGUAUCCAAAACUAUAGAUUUGCGCAACAAGUGUGGGCGAAUUUUGGUUGCACACAGAUUCAGUGCUAUAUAGAUUUGUAUUUAAAACAAGAUGUUCUUAUUUUGGCUGACGUUUUUGAAUACUUUAGAUUUUUGUGCCAAAAAAACUAUGACGUAGACCCCACUAACUGUACUACCAAGGCGGAAUUAUCCUGGGAUGCUAUGUUAAAAGUCACAGAAGUAAACUUAGACCUCAUUAGUGACCCUAAUAUGUAUGAUUUUUUAAAAAGAGGAACACGUGGGCCGUUAAUUCACAGUUCACCGGGAAUUGUGAGUGCCAAUAAUAAAUAUAUGCGCAAUUUUUCUCGAAGAUUGCCUUCAAAAUAUUUAGCUUGCAUUGAGGCUAAAAAUUUAACUGACUGGGCGAUGAGUCAGCCACUACCUCUUUCCAAUUUUCGAUUUUUAAAUAAAGACGAGAUUGAAAAGAUUGAUUUUCAAAAUGUCCCACAUGAUGGAAGUAUAGGUUAUAUGCUUGAAGUUGAUCUUAAAUAUCCCGCUGCCCUUUAUAAUAGUCACAGAUCACUGCCGUUUUGUCCUGAAGGACGGGAAGAGCACUUAGGGCCUACUGCUAGUUUAACUGAUAAAAAAAACUAUGUCAUUCAUCUAAAAAAUCUGCAACUAUGCGUACAACAUGGGCUAGUCAUUGAGAAAAUACAUCAAGUUCUUUCUUUUCAGCAGGAGUGCUGGCUAAAACCAUUUGUUGAUUAUAAUGCCUAUCUCAGCAAAGAAUCCAAAAACGAGUUCGAGAAACAGUUUUUUAAUUCGAUGAAUUUAAACAUUGAUAAGUGUAUGCAACCUAAGAAAAUGUUUCAUGUGAUCAUAUCAGAACGUUACCAAUCAAAACAUAACUCUCCUGGAUUCAGGCAACUAAUAGCAAGACACAAUUUUCACAAAGUAGAAAUAUUUGGCAAAAGCUUGGCAGCAAUCGAAUCGAAAAAACAAACUAUAAACUAUGAUAAACCGAUAUAUAUAGGAUCUGUCGUUUUGGAGUUAUCAAAAUGGUUCAUGUAUGAUCAAUAUUAUAAUUCAAUCUUACCGCAGUGCCCCUCUGUAAGAUUACUUUAUAUAGACUCUGACUUAGUUUUUCUAUACUUGAAAGAAGACUUUUAUGAACUAAUAAGGAAAAACCCUUAUCUUUUUGAUACUUCUAAUUACAGAAAAAAUAAUAAAUUUAAGAUAUUAAAGUCCAACAAUGAAAUUGGUUUAAUAAGAGAUAAAAAAGGUGGCCGGAUAAUGCAAUCAUUUCAGACUGAAAGCGCCAGAUCCUAUUCUGUAGCGUUUGAGUUUUAAUAAUAUAUUAUACAUACUUUUUUAUAAACAAUGUUAAUAAUAAAGAAUGUUAGCUAUAAGAAAAUUAAUGUUGUCUUCCACAGUUUCUUCCGUAUCUAUAUGAUUAAGGAUCUUUAAGAAUUAUGUAAAUUACUUCCAAUAAAAGAAACAUUAUACUUUAUUUUUAUAGUUGCUCUUUAUUUAUUCCCAAGCUUUCCACGUGUGUAUAGUUUUUAUUACAAAAAUGCGUAUAAAUAUUUAUUUUCUGUUCUGGUUAUACAAUGUGUAUAGGUGUGCAUA